CUUAACAUUACAUACACACAUAUACGUAAAACAUUACACACGCGCCAACACUCUCUCUCUCUCUCUCUCCUUAACAGAAAACAAACAAACAACCUCUGAACUCUCUCUCUCUCUGUUUCUUUCACAUGACUCGUACUCUGAGAUUCCUUAACGACGUGACAUCGUCGCCCGAGUCAGUCGAACCGGUAACGGUCGACUCAGACUUCGUGGUAAUCCUCGCAGCUCUCCUCUGCGCUUUAAUUUGUGUGUUGGGUCUCAUCGCCGUAGCUCGCUGCGCCUGGCUCCGCCGCCUCUCCUCCUCCUCCACAACAACAACAACAACCCAAUCACCACCACAAGCUGCAGCGAUACCGACCUUUGUUCCUCCGUCUACAUCUCUGGCCAACAAGGGGUUGAAAAAGAAGAUCCUAAAGUCUCUCCCGAAGCUGACCUUCACGGCCGACUCGGCCUCCAAGUUCUCUUCCGAGUGCGCGAUCUGCUUGUCCGAGUUCGCCACCGGAGACCAGAUCCUCGUACUCCCUCAGUGUAGCCAUGGCUUCCACGUGGCGUGCAUCGAGACCUGGCUUGGGUCCCACUCCUCAUGCCCUUCCUGCCGUCAGAUCCUCGUCGUCGCCACGUGUCACAAGUGCGUUGCACCUCAACCUGACCCCAGAUUCAAGGACCCACAUCCUCAAGAUGAUGCUUAUAGGUUCUUGCCCUAGACCCACCCCUAGUCCCCAACUAGGGGAUUGAAUUUAAUUUCUCCAAAAUUAAAAUUUUUUUUUUUAACUUUCUUUCUGUUUUUUUGAUGAGAAAAACUUUCUUAGUAUUUAUAGUGGUUGUGUUGGAAAAGGAAAAUUAAGGUGGGUUUGGAUGAUUAUGAAUUCCUCUGUAAAAUUAGAUUUGGUGUAUGCAUGUAAUUACUACUUGUUAUAAUUUAUGUACUAAAAAGGUUUCAAAUUGUUA